ACAGUCGAACGAGUUUCACAAACGGGUGCUGUAUGUGUGAAACAACGAUUAUGCAUCGUAGACAAAACAUUCAGCAUGCUUAUGUGCAUGUGAUUGUCGUAUAUUCUUCCAAUGUCAUUGUCACUUGCGUUGUGAAACAGUAAACACAAAUUGAUUCUCAUUUCGGCUAAAAUCACAACAAACACCAUUUUUGUGCCUUUUCAUUGUCUAGUUUUUGUGUUUCAUGUUUUUUUUUUGUAUGUCAUUCAUUGAACGAGAAUUUCCAGUGGAUAUUUUAACUACAAAUUUUAAAUCAUAAAAAUAUCCAUUAGUUUUUAAGUUUGUGUUCGUAUUCGGUCAAAUAAAUAACCAAAAUGCCAACCAUUCUACCAUUUCGCGCUGAAUACGCACAAACAGCAAGGAAUUGGUGCAAAAAAUGUCGUAGAAUUAUUCAACGAGACACCGUACAAAUUGGCAUCAUGCGACAGAGUUUGGUUGACGACUGCCUUAAACCCGAAUGGUACGAUAUGACUUGUUUCUUCAAAAUUCGACGUCCCAUAUCGGAGGACUUUAUCGAAGGGUUUGCCAAUCUGCGAUACAGCCACCAAGGGCAAAUCCGAUAUAAUUUAGGUUAUGAUGAAAAUGGCAUAUCGAUUGGAGAACAGCCACCGGCAAAAAAAUGCAAAAUCAUCAAUGCUGCAUUGGAAAAAGAAAUCGAAAUUCAAAGUGACGAAUUAUUCAAGAUUUACGACAAACUCAAAGGUUUCAAUGAACGUGACGGUGAUUGCUUGGCCAUUUUGAAGGCGAACAAUCAAUAUGCUCCGGACAAUUAUGCAGAGACGUUGAAUCAUCUAUGCGAUGUCUUGUAUUUUGGUGCAUUGGCACCAUGUCCAUUUUGCAAAGGUGGCAAGUUUGUGUUCCGAAAUUUCGUUUAUCGUUGCACUGGAUACGAUUCUCCGUGGUCAUCAUGCACCCAUACGGUGAGAGAACCACAACGCAUUCCAAUCGAUUUACCGGAAAAAUACCAAGAAAUAUUGGGCACCGAUUUUGAAGUGCGUACUCGCAUUCUUCGCGAUGUCACCAAGUUCAAUGAAGAUGACUUUGAAAUAUACACAAAACAGCCAUUGUUCGAUAUGGAAUUUUGUAUUGUCGGCGAAACGGGAAUAUCACAAGAAGACAUCGAAAAAAAGAUUGAAGCAAUGGGUGGAAAAAUCACAUCAAAAGUCCACACGAGUCUCGCUGCAGUCAUUUCAAAUGCAAAUGAGGUGAAAAAUUACUCCGAAUUGAUAAAAGACGCGUUUAUUCAUCGAAUUCAAGUGAUACCAGACGAUUUUCUCAACGAAGUUAUGGAAAACGAUCCAAUCGAAGUGAUUGUGAAGAACGAUUUGACCAAAUGGGGAAAGGAUCCAUACGAACGUAUGCCAGAACGAAAACCCAUCUUUCGGCCGGUCAGCACAAAUGAUCGCCCGGGACGGAAUUACAUUUUUGAUCCAAAUACUGGUGAUAAAAAUGGAGACGCUGUUGUUCAAGAAGCUGUAUUGGAUUUCGUCGAUACCACAUCAAACAAGAACACAUACUGCAAACUGCAGUUGCACCGAGUCGCAUAUGGAACCUCACAAUACUCAGUAGAUGAGUCAAUGGGUCGAAUUGGCACAUCAGUUGGCACCAAUAAUCGAAAGCACUAUACAACCCUGGACCUAGCCAAAAUUGAGUUCAACAGGAUCUACUUUGAAAAGACUGGCAAUGAAUUUGGUACCACGAAUUUCGUGAAAAAGCCUGGACUUUACAAUCAUGUGCUCAUUGACAACGAAUCUCUGGAAGUGAAGCGAAGCUCGCUAGCAAAUGGCCCAGCGACAAAACUCUCAAAACCGUUAUACGAACUAAUGGAGCUGCUGUACAGUGAUGACCAUGUGUUCAAUUCAACAUUGAUUGAAUUUUGUUUCGAUCUCGACAGUAUGCCACUGGGUAAAUUGAGUAAGACGCAAAUUCAAGCAGCAAUGAAUAUUUUGGGUGAACUCUCAUCGGUACAAUGCACAGAAAAUCGUCAACAAAUCAUCGCCCUGUCAAAUCAAUUUUACUCAUACUUUCCACACAAUUUUAGUCAUCGUCGACCACCCAUCAUCGAGACAUGCAAAAUGAUCGAAGAAAAAAUGAACAUGCUGCAACAUCUGCUGCAAAAAGAACUGCGAUAUCAAUUUUUGAUCAGCGAAUCGAAUCAAGAGAGAAACUUGCUCGAUUUGUGCUAUGCACAGCUUGAAGACUCGGCCGAAAUUACCAUGCUGAACAAAUCAUCGGGAAUGUAUACGCAAAUCUGUAAUUACAUCAAUAACACGCAAUUGCAUGUAAAUAAUCAAAGUUACUAUGAUCCGGGUGCGUUUGAAGUUAACGAAGUAUUUGAAGUUUUACGCCAUGAAGAGCUCAUGCGAUACGCACCGUAUGAGAAUAACUUCAAUCGCCAAUUACUGUUUCAUGGAUCACCGAUUCAAAAUUUUGUCGGUAUAUUGACAAAUGGCUUGAAGAUCUCACCACCGGAAGCCAUGUUCUGCGGAUCCAUUUUUGGAAGAGGCAUCUACUUUUCGGACUCAGUGUCAAAAUCCGCCGGCUACUGCCGUUCUGGAAGCAAGGGAUUCGGAUUGGUUUUGCUGUGUGAAGUGGCGGCCGGUAUUACUGACAUUCGUUAUAAACACGAUAACAAAAAAUUGAUCGACUACUGUGAAACCGUGCAAGCUUUGGGUCAGUACUAUCCACAUCCACUGCAUAUUCGACCUGAUGGCCUUAAAAUUCCAAACGGUACGCUCAUUCGACGAAGCGAAAAUACUGGCAUUACGUUCAAUGAAUUCGUUGUGUCCGACGAGUCUCGCGUGAAGAUUCGAUAUCUCGUCAAAUUGAAGUUCAACAUCGCGAAGCGUGAAUAACUGUCUUUGGUCUUCCUAGUGUAUCCAUCUCAAAAGUCAUCGUCACAAAAUAACUAUUUUCCAUAUAAACAUGAAUUCAACACAUCGUUACCUCUCCUUAAACAAUCAUUAGCAUUAAAUUCAGUAAAUUCAAUAUAAUUUUGACUAAAUACGCAAAUAAAGUUAUUUCUUGACAA